GAAAACUCCGAAACAUGUUGCUUGAUGGUCAAAGAUUCCCACUUUUAUGAAUAGUCGAAUGAGAAAUAAAUAAAGAAAAAAGAUGAGAGGAGAAAUCAUAAUUCCUAAUCUGAAAUCUCUGGUCUUUUUCCUUUUGGAAUACUCAAAAUGACCAGCUUUGCCCGAAGAAACUCUAAAUAGACCAUGUUUUACGUUGAAAUUGCGAAAACGUAACCGACUUUGUUGACUCCGUUUACCACCUUUACCCACCCACCAGGCACCUACAAUCUGGUGUCUGGCAGAUGUUUCCUUUCACUUCAUCAUUUAAUAAGCAGCCUUUUAAUUAAUUUUCCUUCAAUCCUUUUUUGUCUUUUUAGGUAUAAAACUCUACUUUCAUUCAUUCAUUCAUUUCGCAUAAUUAACAUUUCACAAAACAGAGUCUCGCAAACCCAAAACAGGGAAGAUGGCUCUGCUUUCGGUUCCUUUUCAGGGCAGCUGGAAGAGGCAAUGGAGGAAGAGGAAAUACCAGCGUUUGAGCCCUUCUAGGAAAACUCUACAGGUUGUGAAACUCGGAGGAGGGAAGAAAGAGAAGCGGGGAUGGAAGAUUAGAUCAAUCCCGAAGCUGCGGUUUAAGUUUCUGUCCCCGUUGAAGCUAUGGAGAAAGAUCAAGACUGGGUACAUGGAUAUGAUGCUUAGAUUGGCAGGCAAAACAGGGGCUCUGAAUGGUACUGGUACAAGCGUGUACGGUGGCAGAAGAAUCCCUCAGGCCCGUAAGGUUUCUUUGGCUUACAAAGAACAGGAAUUCGAGAAUCGGAUUGUUUACGAGAUAUACAAAUCACUGGUUGCUUCCAUGGAGUUGAAUCCCAGAUGAUCAAAAAAAAAAAAAGCCAGUAUCGAGAUUCUGGAUCAAGUUCAUAACCUGCUUGCAUAUUAGUUGGGAUCUGUAAACGACUCCACCAAACCAAAAAACAAAUAGUGAAAAAUGCAGAGGGUGAGACCGUAGAGCGAGAAGAAGCAAAGCGACAAACUGAUCACUAAAUUAUAAUUAAGAUAAUAAUAAUCUGUAGAGAUUGGUGAGGGUGCUGCUGAUGAUGAUAUACAGUAUUCAUGCAAAAUCAGAAAAUCAAACAUGCGUAAUUGAAACUCAAUACAGUCAAAUAUACAUUACUUCCAGACACCAAAUAAACUCACUGAAGGGCUAAUCCAAUAGAUUUAUUAGAACCAUGUGUGUUUGUCAGAUUAUAGUAGUUUUCCGAGCAUAUACAAUGGUAUUAUUAUGCUAAUAAUGUGAUUAUUAAAAUCCAAACUAAGACAUCAUCUCAAAAUCAAGAACAAAGAUUGGGAUGGAUGGUGGAGCAUGUGGUAUUGAAAAGUAACCUUAAUUUCUAUUACGUCGACUAGCUUCUUGGAUGACAUGCUGAUAUUUCAGGCCAGAAACCCCGAGACGGUGUGUAUUACAUAUUGUGGUUGGACUGGCUUGUUGCUUUUCUUCAUGUGGACGUCAUUGCAUUGCUUUAACAGAGUUCGAGAUAGAACCCAAAAUGCAUGAUUCUAUUCAGUUGGGCUUCCAAAUUGGUUGGGCUUGCUUCGGUUAGCUUUCAAGACCAGCUGACUCUACUUUGCAAGGGAGAAAUUUGACAAGACCCAACGAAGAUCAAGUAUGAAUACUUAAGAAAAUAAACAAUAAAGGAAGAACUAAAAUUCAUUUCUUGAGACGGAAAUUCUUCGCAACACACCUACAUCACUAGUUUACAUCUGAUAACAUCAAUUACUGCUACAACUCGAUUAGGAUAAAAUUACCCCUUGUGUUUUGAAUCCUUCCAUCAGUUCAUGAUCAUCAAGCGAUGAAGCUCCCAAAAAAUGUACAGUUACGUAACCCUUGUAAAUGUGCCGGUUUGCAACAUUUGACACGAUCGAUAUGACAGGCAUGUAAAAUAACUCAUGGCUAACAACACUUAUUCACUCCCAACAAAAUAAUUAGCAAUAAUUAAUUAGGGUGAGUUAGGGAGUAUUAUAACCUCAAUUUGGCAUGGUGUAAAUAAAGUGCAAAUUUUCGUGCAAUAAAUUUCUCAUUGACGAGAAAGUUGAUGUACCAAUAUAUCCCAUUGUAACAUCUUUAG